AUGGCUAGUGGUUCGUUGGCCAGAAAUUUGAAGACAGUUUCAAACUUGGCACCGAGGUCGGUAAUUACAUGGGAUCGUGCUGAACGCAUCAGACGAAACAAAGAAAUUUGGGAUAAUAAAGAUUCUGUCGUGCAUCGAUUACCACGACAUUACAAAGAAAAAUACUGGGAAUAUGUACUAAGCGAAGCGACUCCAGUGCAUUAUCGUAAACCGACAUCUAGGUAUGAAUGGGAUUCUAAACGUCGUAUAAUGGUGGAAGUAGAAGAAUAUCCUAUAAUUGGUUUUCGUCCACCAGAAGCUGAUCGCGGAUUAUGGGGAGGGGAAACGUUAGUGAAAGGUUACAUUGAAUCACGUCCGUAUACGAAGAAAAAGGUCUUACCAAGACAGUGGGUACCACAUUUUUUCUUCCCGUAUCUGAAAAAUGCUAUUGUAUAUUCGGAAGUUUUGGACAAAUAUAUGAAAAUCAUAGUGACGGAACGUACUUGUCGAUUGAUCGAUCAUCACUUUGGACUUGAUUUAUAUCUGCUCGAAACACCUGAAAUCGAUAUUGCUUCGAAACUCGGAAAUAAACUAAAACGAGAAAUACUGCUCACAUUAGCUAAAGAGACUUAUUUUCCUGAUAAUCCAGAGCGACACAAUUAUAUAAAACAAAAGUAUGCCAAGUUUUUGAUGCCAGUGGAGGAAGCAGAAUGGAUUGGUUUAGAUUUGAACGAAGCAUGCAUAAAACAACAAGAAAUUGAGGACAGUAUCAAACCGGAACCAGAGAAGUAUAAGUUUGAGUUGGAGCUAAUUAAGCGUUUAUCAAGUGGUGAAGAGAAUCCGGAUUAUGACACAGUAAUCAAACAAUUAGAAACAAAGUCAGUAGUCGGUGAAAACGCAAAGAAAGCGAUGUGCAUGAUGAAGCAGAGGUUUAAUAAAUUAGUUAAUCGGAUACAAAAUGUAAAUUGA